GCCAUUUGUAAUGCCAAUCGCUUGUGGCUUUUAGUGUUUAAGUUUCUUUCGGGAAUUUUACACUAAUAAGAUGGCAUUAAAUUCGACUUUUGACGGCUGGAAACAUUGGGAGAAACACGGACGCAGUGAAUACGUGAAGCUCAUCAGACAUGCUUUACGUGAUGAGGACAGUGCAAGGAAUGAAUCGCUCAAAGGGAACCUUUCCCGGCCAAUUUAUGAUUUAUUUUGGCAAUGCUUGAAGGGACGAAUACGCAGGGAUUCGGUUAUUUCCGCUUUGAAUGAUAUCUUGAGUCUGCACUGGGACCUUGCUUCUCACGUCCUUGAUGUGAUUAAUAUCAUCGACGCGGAAACGUCUCUGUUGUCGGACGGGCUCACAGACGAAAGACAGAUAUUUUGUCAGGUGGUGAAGGACAUUGAGAAAGUGAUUCCAGACAAACUUCUCAAGGAGAGACUCGAAAUUGACACCUUGCAAGAUGCCGGCACGGUGAAGAAUAAGAUUUUCUACACAAAGUUCAUUAAAAUUAAGACCAAACUAUAUUAUAAGCAGCGGCGAUUCAAUUUGUUCAGGGAAGAGUCUGAAGGUUAUGCGAAGCUUAUCACAGAAUUGAACCAAGAUUUCGGGGCGAGUUCAUCCGUGGCCAUUCUCGAUAUCAUAAAAUCUCUGAUAGGUUGCUUCAAUUUGGAUCCUAAUCGAGUUCUUGACAUUAUAUUGGAAUCUUUUGAAACGAGACCUGAAAGACACACAUUGUUCAUACCAUUGUUGCAGUCUUACAUGCGAAACGGAAACAUAAUCUGUGAAGUUCUGGGGUACAAAUUUCGUUAUUUCAGUGAAAGUACAACACCUGAAUCAUUGUAUAAAAUUACCGCGUUACUACUUAAGUACUCAGUCAUUGAUUUGGAUGAAAUUUACGCAUGGUUAAGCCCAUCAGAUAAGUCCAUAUGCCAAGACUGGGAGAAAGAGUUGAAUGAAGCAAAGGAGUUUGUGCGAAAGUUGAAUAUAAUUUUAACAAACAAAGAAAAGGAACCUGAACAAGAACCCGAAAAGGAGGACACAAUGGGAAAAUAUUUAAUGAAUCAGAAAUGGGGACUUUGUGAAGCACUUCUAAAAGUUGGUGAUUGGACGACGGCGCAGAAUUUGAUGAAAAAACUUCCAGAACAGUGCGCUGUUGUCAAUGAGCCCAUUGCAAAGGCGCUAGCCAAUUACAUUAACAUAAGCAUAGAUAGUCUGUAUCGCAAGAAAUGCUUUUUGCCUGGCAUACUCAAGAGUGUGCUGUGUUCCUCGGAGUUUAAUCUGGUGGAGGAACUUCAAGUUAAUGAUUUCAGUGAGCUUCGAGAAAAAGCCUUUCCAAUGAUUGCAGCGCUAGGACCAUCUUUACACUACGAUUCGAUUCUCCUUCAAAAGCUGAUUCGUAUCAUGCGGACCAUUCUCUCCGAUAUGAAUAUUGACCAUUUGAAUACGCCGCCGAACGGAACUACUGCGGAAAUAAUGUAUUUUGAUAUUUUAUCACUUUUAGACUCAUCAAUUUUGCCAGCUCUUUCAUAUUUGGACUGCAAUUGUUGUGUAGCAGAAGAAAUAUGGACAGUCGUUAAGUUUUAUCCUUAUCAAUUUAGAUAUAGUUUAUACAGUCGAUGGAAAAACGAAACUUAUUUGAGCCACCCGAUGUUAAUUCGCCGCCGCGGAAUAGUACAAAAAAAUAUAAAGUCGCUAAUGAAACGUGUCAGCAAAGAGAACGUCAAACCGGUUGGGCGGUUGAUAGGAAAAUUGAGUCACUCCGCUCCUGGAUUUUUAUUUGAUUAUAUUUUACUUCAAAUACAAAUUUACGAUAACCUCAUUACACCGGUGGUCGAUUCAUUAAAGUAUCUGACUUCUCUGUCCUAUGAUAUGCUCGGAUACUGCUUGAUCGAGUCGUUAGCUGUAGCUGAUAGGGAUAGGUUUAAGCACGACGGUACGUCACUGUCGAUGUGGCUGCAGAGUUUGGCGAACUUCUGUGGUGCCAUUUAUAAAAAAUAUAAUAUUGAGCUCAGUGGAUUGCUGCAGUAUGUCGCGAAUCAAUUGAAGUCUCAUAAAAGUUUGGAUCUAUUGAUCUUGAAAGAAGUUGUACAAAAAAUGACGGGAAUUGAAGCCGCCGAGGAAAUGACCAAUGAGCAGUUGAACGCAAUGUCGGGAGGAGAAUUGUUGCGCGGAGAAGCGGGUUACUUCAGUCAAGUUCGAAAUACAAAAAAGUCGUCGCAGAGGCUGAAAGAAGCUCUGGCAAGCAACGAUUUAGCAGUGGCUCUAUGUUUGCUCAUGGCGCAACAAAAACAUUGUGUUAUAUACCGUGAAACUGCUCAGAAUCACUUAAAGCUUGUUGGAAAGUUAUACGAUCAAUGUCAGGAUACUCUGGUCCAAUUCGGUACUUUCCUCGGUUCCACCUAUUCCGUUGAUGAAUAUGUCGAAAGGUUGCCAUCUAUUCAUUCGAUGCUCCAAGAGUAUCACAUUCAUUCGGAUGUAGCUUUCUUCCUAGCUCGGCCAAUGUUUUCACAUCAGAUAAAUCAAAAGUACGAUCAAUUACGAAAAUCGGAUCCCAACGCUAAGAAGCUAACGACGAACCAGAAAUUGCAGAAAUAUUUAGAAGCUACAGCAGCUGUGAUGGAUCCAAUUGUUGAAUCCGUUCGACCAUUACAUGUCCCUAAAGUUUGGGAAGAUAUUAGCCCGCAGUUCCUAGUGACGUUCUGGUCUCUGAGUAUGUACGAUUUGCAAGUUCCAACGGAUAGUUAUCAAAAGGAAAUUGCCAAGUUGAAACAGCUUUCGUUGUCAGUGUUGGAGUCAAAGGAUGUGAAUAUAUCGAAAGGUAAAAAGGAGCAAGAACGAUACAUGGCCUUAAUGGAAAAAUUGCAAGAUGAAAGGAAGAAACAUCAGGAACAUGUCGACAAGAUGUUGCAACGUCUCAAUCAGGAGAAAGACACAUGGUUUCUGUCAAGAUCAGCAAAAUCAGCUAAAAAUGAAACAAUUUCACAGUUCCUGCAGCUUUGCCUAUUUCCAAGAUGCACCUUUACCGCACUGGAUGCCAUCUAUUGCGCCAAGUUUGUUCACACAAUCCACAACUUAAAAGCAGCUAAUUUUUCAACCUUAUUGUGCUAUGAUCGGAUAUUUUGUGAUAUAACUUACUCCGUCACAUCGUGUACUGAAAACGAAGCCACUCGUUACGGCAGAUUCCUUUGUGCUAUGCUGGAAACUGUGAUGAAAUGGCACGCGGACCAAACAACCUUCAACAGGGAGUGUGCUAAUUACCCUGGUUUUGUGACUAAAUUCCGAGUAAGCAAUCAGUUUUCAGAGGCAAAUGAUCAUGUGGGAUAUGAAAACUAUCGUCACGUUUGCCAUAAGUGGCAUUACAAAAUCACAAAAGCAAUUCUGUUUUGUUUGGACUCUAAGGAUUACAUGCAGAUUCGGAAUGCGUUGAUAAUACUGAUGCGAAUAUUACCCCAUUUCCCGGUUCUUACAAAACUGGCGCAAAUAAUAGAGAGGAAGGUUGAGAAGGUUCGGGAGGAGGAAAAAAAUCACAGGCCAGAUUUGUUUGUGCUUGCUUCAAGCUAUAUUGGGCAGUUGAAGACCAAAUCACCACAGAUGAUCAAGGAAAGCGACUUCCACCAAGUUUCGGAGAAACCAAGCAAAGAUGCAGUCGACAACAAAUCAGUCACGAACGGAGAUGUUAAAACAGAAAAACGUGAGAAAGAUAAGACCGACCGAAAAGCAACGAAACUAACCAGCGCAGAGAAGGACAUUCGGAUAGAUAUCAAGGAAGAAGUUGUUGAGAAAGAAAAAUCGAGCAAAGAAAUUAAAAAGGAGGAACGAGCGAGAGAGAAAGAACGGGAACGAGAGGAUGAUGCCAGGAAAAAGGAGAAACGGAAGGAAUACCGUCUCGAAUCGCCAAGCUUGAAUGAAACCCCCCUUUUGGAUAAGCACUUCGUAUCUGAGUAUUACGACUAUGACAAAGAGCCCGAUCGUGACAGGGAUUUGAGUUCGGUUUCAAAUUCAAGUACAGGAUCUUUACAACGUCGUAAUCAGGAUAUUAUCGAAUAUGAGAAAGUUGACGUAAAGCGACGAAAGGUGGAUUCAAGCAGUUCCAAGAAAGUCGAAGAGUCCAGUGUUGAUGUCAAAAAGGAAAGAAGUUCCAAGACAAAAGAACGAAAGGAGAAACUUUCAGAUGAAGAGAAAGAUGCUCGAAAAGAACGAAAGCUAGGACGUAAAAGGGAGAGGAUGGAGGAAAAUCUUACGAAUGACCAUAAGAGGCGGAGAGAAGUUAAUCAAAAUGGGGAUGAUGAUUGUCGUGAUAAAUAUCACUUAAGGGAAAAGUCACCGCAUUCACGGGAAACUAAGGAGCGAUCACAUGAUAAGUUUGAACGUGAAAAGCAGUAUAACUUUACAAAAUCAUCAAGAUCGAGAAUAGGCUAUUAAGUGUGAAUUUUAUAUAUGUACAUGAUAUAGUAUUGUAUCAAAGGAAAUUUUUUUAUUUGAACAGUAAAAAAAAUGUUAAAAUUA